ACCACGUCCACUCUCUGGUAUGUCUAUCUGAUAAACUACAUGUUACAAGCGUGUGAGCUUCUGAAGAGGAAGAAUUGCUGCGCGUUCUUAUUGUGGCUGAACAAGGAACAGACAGGGCAGAAGGGCAAUGAGGAAAGCUGGAAAAUGAAAGUUCUCCCUUUAGUCAAUUCCAACAUGUCUUCUGAUUACAGUAUUCUUUCCUUUACAAAAGGAAUUAGAUUGUGAUUAAAGAGGCAAGACAAUCACUUUCAGAAUUGUAAUUGAUGCGAAUUACUUCCGUAAUCACAGUCCCCAUAGCACUCAACUUCCCUGCUGAGUUUGUACUUUGUACCCUCAUGCCUUCACCUCAAUAACCACCUGCACAGCCUCUGCAAAGUCAUACUCCCUCAAUGAUGUCAUCUAUCAGCGCAGCUCUGAUGCCAUGCUCAAUGUACAGCACAAUUUGGAAACAUUGCAAUUUGACAGUACUCUAGUAAACUUUUAAUUUUGGGUGGUCAGAACCACUUGGCCAUAUGGGUCAGGUUUCUGGUCCAAAAGAGAGAGUGUAUUGCUAGAAGUUGAUGAUAGUGAUACUUCCAGAGCCUUCAGAGGAAACUCAAAUCUUCUCAGAGCCAUUAAAUCCGGGAAGAAAUAUCUAUACUUGAAUGAUUUGGGCAGUAAAGAAUCACACCCUACUUGGAACCAAUAGUUUUUUAUAAAUAGAAUUUUUCUCUUGUUUAUUUGGUAUAAAGAUUGUAAUCUUGUAGUAUGAUCAUUAGUUUUGGAAUAUUUGGGAUAUUGGCAUGUUAUUUGCUGCACACUCAUCUUGCUCUAUUUGGAUAUUUAGUAACGGUAAACUGGUAUGCAGAAGAAUCUAAAAAUUAUAGGUGCAUUCUUAUUGACCGUAUAAUAGUGUUUGUUUUCUCUUUUAAAUAUGUAGGAAAUAUUGCCGAAGUGACUAAUGAAGCUACAAACACAAUGAUGCAAAACUUUUGGGAUUCUGCUAUGGCACUUGCUCCUGAUGAUGAUGAAGAGACACGUAGUGACGGUUCUCUAAAAAUGGCCUCUGAAGGAACAGAGACAGGAAGAGCUCUUCCUGUUCCUGAGCUUUUAAGACUCAAGAUAGAAAGGGACGGAUGCACAGAUUCACAUGUGGUAUGUCUUAAGAUGAUUUUCAUGCAUCAAGUUCUUGAAACACAAAAUUGAACAACCACUGUGACAUGCUAAAAAUUUGAUAAAGGAUCUUGCAUGGUUCUUCUGACCUUCCUUUUCCUUGUUUGUAAUUUGUGACGACAAGUUGGAUUCCCAUGAUUGAAAUUCUUUAUCUGGUUGUUGAAGUUUAUCUAGCUACAAAUCUUUUUAUGAGUUUCGUUGAACACUCGCGGCAUGAUUAGCUGUAGCAUGCAUGCAAUUCUGUUUCUCAUUUAUAAAUGUCUUAUUGGAAUUACAGUACUUUAAUUGUGUAUCCAAGUUAUUGGCUUUCCUUAUUACCAAAACCGUAUCAGAAACAUAUCAUAUACAUAAUUUUUCUCAACGACAAAACCUUUUAUCGUUAGUGAAGAGAUUAUAGUUCAUGUUCAUCCAUUUUUUGCUAGUGUAGUUUAGUGUAGUUAUCCAUUUCUUUGUUAAUGUACUAAUGUAAUUUUGUCUGCUGAUGGGUCUAAUCUAUUUAUUCAAUACUCUCGUGUAAGCUCUUAAGGUGGCUCCCAUAAAUUGAUAUGCAUUAGUUUGGUUCUUACCUUUAUUUGGUUUUCAGACUCAAAGAAUGACAGAUCUCAUUACUGCAAUCCUUCAGAGAGUUGGGGAUGACAUUGACUGGAACAAUCUUACCCAGAUUCUUGAAUGUUACAACACAUUUUUCUUCUUCAAAUGGACCCCUACUCUCUCUUUCCAAGGAUUCAAACUAAAACAUAAACUUUUAAAACUAAAAAAUACAAAGGGCUUCUUUGCAUGAUUUUUUAUGACCAUUAUGAACCUGUGCUUGCAGUAUGAAGAUGAAAACCAUGACAAAGUUAUACUUGAAUCCGAUAAUGGAUGGAAGGUCUUUUCUAGUCUCUUUCUCCCCUUUCUUGUUAUGUUCUUUUGAAAAUGUGGACCGUAGGUUGAUGAAGUAACAAGUCUUAUAGAGCGCAUUUGUAUUUAAAUGCCCAAGCAACUAAUAACCGUAUUAAUGUUAGGCAUCAGCCUAAUCAGUAGUUUUAAAUAAGGAGGUUAGGGGAGUUAAAUAGCUUAUUAAGUGCC